GUAUCGUCGAGUUCGAGCUACGUCUUCGGCAACCAACUGGGAUUUCUUGUCCAGGAUCAAUAUAUUUUUUGGAUUUGUUUUCGGCAAAUUAACGCCAUCUUAAGGAUGGAUAGGAAAAGGAAGCAGCAAUGGGAGUCUGAGGAUCCCCCUCGGUCCAAAAAAUCACACAUUAGCGAUGCGGGCGGUGAUGGAGGGGGUGUGUCCUAUGCCCCCCAGCAGAUGUUCAAAUCCUUGAGUGAUGCAUCCACCGACUCUGAUUCUUCAUCUUCAGUGGGAUCCCCUCCCCCGGUUCUUUAUACCCCCAUGGGUGCAUCAAUGGGUGCAUCCAUGGGUGCAACAGUGGUCUCAACCAAGCCAGCACCGGAAUCAUCCUCUUCGGGAUACAGCUCCAUUGCACAGAAUAUGAUGGCUAAAAUGGGCUACAAAAAAGGCACUGGACUUGGCAAACUUGGCAAAGGACGUGUGGAGAUCGUGGAGGCAUCCAAACAAAGAGGGCGCCGUGGUCUUGGUCUCAAGACCAAGGGCUUUGAACCCAGCUCUGAAGUGGUCUGGACUGGAGAUGAAGAGAUAUCUUCCAAAGAGACUGUAGAAUGGAUGGAGCCGUCGCAAGGCAUCCUAACCAGCGCUGAGAUAGAGGAAUGGAAAGUUCUAUGGGAUGCUCAAAAGCCAAAGCUGACAAUUGAUGAUGAGACAGAGUUCUGUGAUGAAACCUUGCUGAAGACACUUCUUGAUCAAAAGACGACCUUUGACCUUCUUGAUGGGGAGGAGAUGAGGCAAGCAAGAACACGCUCCAAUCCCCACGAGACGAUCCGAGGCGGUAUCUUCUUGAAUAGAGCAGCCAUGAAGAUGGCCAAUAUGGACUUUGUCUGUGAUUACAUGUUCACAUCACCAAAACACCCAGAUGGGACACCUGUUGUGAAAGACAAUGAGCUGUUGUACUUUGCCGACGCGUGUGCCGGCCCUGGAGGUUUCUCAGAGUACGUGGUAUGGAGAAGAACACAGUCUCGCCAAAAGAAGGACUUCAAGGUCAAAGGUUUUGGGUUCACCUUGAAAGGGAGCAAUGAUUUCAAGUUGGAGGACUUCUAUUCCGCACCUCCAGAAUUCUUUGAACCUCAUUAUGGUGUGAACGGAAGUGAAGGUGAUGGGGAUGCUACAAAUAGUGAUAACCAGCGUGAGUUCAGAAGAUUUGUAAUGGAGCACACCGGCGGCAAAGGCGUCCAUUUUGUCAUGGCCGAUGGGGGAUUCUCUGUGGCAGGACAAGAGAACAUCCAAGAGAUUCUUACUAAACAACUGUUGCUAUGCCAAUUUCUGGUUGCUAUGUCAAUUGUGAGAGAAGGUGGUCACUUUGUUUGUAAGACCUUUGACCUCUUCACACCAUUCAGUGUUGGUCUGAUCUAUGUCCUGUAUCGGUCAUUUGAACAGGUCUCUAUCUUCAAACCGGUCACCAGUCGACCAGCAAAUUCAGAGAGAUACGUCAUCUGCAAGGGUCGUAGGUCAGGCACAGAUCCCACCCAUGAUUUCCUCUUUGACCUGAACGAGACCUUGAACAUGCUGAAAUCAAGCAAACAGGACGUCCUUGAGAGUGUGCCACUGGAUGUACUGCGAGCAGACGAUGCUUUCAUGGACUACAUCAUUGAACAGAAUGAAAGGCAAGCUGAGACUCAGACCCAGGCUCUUGCCAAGAUCCAGGCUUACGUUCAGAACUCGGAUCUGAUUGAGAUGGAACAGAAGAGGAUGAGAGAUGAAUGUCUAGCUCUCUGGGGGAUUCCAGGUAGAUCAAGAGCCGCUCCUAAAGUCCCAGAUCCUGCUACAAAAUUUGAUGACCUAUGUCAGGAAGAUCAAGGGGACUAUGGUUACUUCUGCAGGCGAGCCAUGCCAUUGGACAAGGAGACCUUUGCUCAGAAGGUCAAGAGUGUGUAUGACUAUCGAUGUACAGUGGCUGCAGGGGAAAGAUACUUUGUUCUUGGCAUUGGGAGAUCAUACGUGUACUUCUGGGAUGGGAAGAACCAACCCCCAAGAUGGAGGAAGGUAGAUCGAUGUAAGCUACAGCUACCAGGAGGCACAUUGUUUGAAGCGGAACUCAUUGAAGAACUCAAAGGAGAGGGUUCAGGGCAGAGAAGAAUGUUGACAGCUCAUAUCGUAGAUGCUAUGUGGUUAGCAGGUCAGGAUAUUCAUUCUUUACCAUACUCAGAAAGGCUUCAAAGGAUAAGUUUAUUUGUCAAAGCAGUAGACCGACCUACGAGAUCUGACCUUACACCCCUGAGGGUCAAAGAGGUUUUCAGAUGUCAGGAUGUCACUGAGAUCAUGGAGAGACUAGUGAUGCUUGUGGUGAAGGGUGGAGGAAGGAACAGAAGACUGUGUUACAGGACUGAUAAUGGCAGACAUUACAUGCCACAAGGAAUAUUCUUCAUCAAGACAUGCAAUGAUCCGUGGACAGUGCAAUGGAGUAGAUCUCAGAGGAGAUUGUAUUUCUUCAACACGAGCAAUCGUAAAUCUGUCUUUGAGUACCCACCAGAGAGCAUUGCCUCAUUCAAAGCUUGUAGAAUCCAUCGGUUGCUGUGGGCCUGGGAGGAAGGGAUCAGACUUCAUGAUCUGCAAGAGAUGAGGGAGGAACCAAACAAACUCUCCAAGGACAUGGUGCUGGAUCACAUCAAGAAACAGAGAGUCGUAUUAUAGAAGGAAAAACAGAAGGGAGGAAUAACAGAAGGAAAGAUGGAAGGAGGAAUACAUGAAGGAAAGACGGAGAGAGGAAUAACAGAAGGAUGAUGGAUCUAUGAUCGGCAAGAGAUGAGGGAAGAUCCAAACAAGGACAUGGUGUUGGAUCAUAUCAAGAAACGAAGAUCCGUUGGCAGAACCAAUGAAGGGGGAGAAUAAUGCAAGGCAGAAUGAAAUGUCAAUCAAGGAAUUGGGAGUGAAAGUAAUCAAAAGGACAGUCAGAGGAACAAUUGGAGAAAGACAGAUCUUGUCAACAGAACGAGCAAUGAUGCAAGCAUCCUCGAAGCAAGCAGUGACGGGUCUUGCUCCAGAAGGAAUAACAGAAGGAGGAAUAAUAAAAGGAAGAUGAACUGUGAACAUCCUCAAAGAAAGUAAUGAAUUUGUUGAAAUCCUGGUAAGAAGGAAAGGAGAGAGAAAACAUCAGUGAUGCAAGCAGCCUCAAGGAAAGUGAUGGUCUUAAAGUAUCUCUGUUAAGAUGGAAUCUUAUACGAAAAGUCAAGUUAAUUUACUGAUACAGGGAGCAAAGGUGAGGUCCUUCAUCGCUGUAUGCAACAGGAAAUGAUGAAAAGUCAAAAGAAUAUUAAUGAUUCUUACCCUUGCCUCCACAUCAAGGUGACAAUUGCAACAUUUUGAAAUAUUCCAUUGGGUGUUUACAUGAAGCCGUUUGUAAAUUCCGAGCAACAUUACGAAUGACUGGUGAUCCUUCUGGUAAAGGAUACACACCAAAGUUUUAUUGGUGUUGAUUUAGCGCCUGAGGAAGGAUAACCAGUCAUUCGUAAAGUUGUUCGUAUCUUACAAACAGCUUUAUGAAACACCCACUUGGAGGAAAUUUGAUGGAUAUCAAGUAUCCCUUAUAAGGGUAGCACCACACCAAUAAAAAGAUGAUGGGAUUAAAUCAACAUGUAGGCAGAUGGAGAUCAGUAUGGUGGUUAGAGAGAGAGCAAAUACUGAAUGACUGAUGAAAUCGUAAGAUGGGACUUCAGGAAGAACAGAAUUGAUGCUGCUUGCUCAAUAAAAUGUGUUAUCAAUGACAAAUGCAGAGUUUACAUGACAAAUUCACUAUUAGCCAAUGAAAUGGCAUCAUUUCAGUAGCUUGUAACAUCUUGGCCAAGUUAUAAAAGAGGGCCCUAAGUUUUAAGCAUAUUUCCAUAUUCCCUAGUUACCAAGAUGACAGGAAUGAAUGUGAAUAUGUAUCACAUUUCAUGAAGAGUUUUGUCGGUGACUUUCACUGACUAAUUUGCUCUGAGCCAAUCAGAUGCAAGUAUCUUCUAACAAUAACAGUUUCAUGAAAUGCUCCUCUGAAAGGAUGCCCCCUCUUAUUAACAGUGCAGCUGUGUUUGAUUUUUAAUUUCAUAUUGAUGAAGUUAUUACACCAUUGCAUUGAGACAAUGGUGUAUAUAGUGCAGGAGUUUUAGGAUGACAUUAAGAUGACUAAAAAAGAAACUGCUUUUAUGAAAUUAAGAUCAUCACCAAAAGAGCAUAUGAGAGAAAAUCAAAAUUCUUUUUUAAUUCAAUACUUGAAGGUUUUAAAGUCAAAUUCAAACCAAUAACUUCAACUGUAAAUUGUUUUUCAAGAUUUGUCAGCAUUGAGCUUUGGAGGGGGAUUUUAGAGUUAAAGAGCAGCUGAAAUUAAUUGUAUUUAUUUAAUUUGCAACAUGUUUUAGAGGUUAGACUGUGAUGUUGCAAAAUAGAGUAUCUACCAGAAGAUAAUCAAGGAAUUAAUCUCAAAUGCAAAAUUGCAUAGAUUUUUUUUUUUUAAUAUUACGCAUAAAGAAUGUAAUAAUCAUUUGCCAAAUAGUGGUAUGAAAUAUCUCUAUGCAAUGAUCACAAAUGUACACAGAAUGGAUUCGUAGGCUUUUCUUUUUUAUUAUUUUAUACAUUACUCCACAACUAUUUCAUUUACAUAAUAUACAUUUGUACAUUACACAAGGUGGAUAUAUGAACAAAAAACAUAUUACAGUGAAAUUACGAGUUCAUGGUCAUAAAUGAUGCAGAAAUUAAUCUGCUUCAUUCCUCUUUAGCAUUCAUAAGCUGAAUAUUUUCUCUUGAUUUAUUCACCCAUGUAAUUUUGGUGAUACGUAUUGUUUAUUCUAGAAGAUAUGGAAUGUCUUCAUUCACCAAAAGUAAAAGAAAUUGAUUUCUUGAUUUUCUUCCAUUUGAGCUAACUUUGUGCCUGUAGGCUUUUGAUACAACAUGACUCCAUUUUAAUAAGAAAAUAAAUAAAUAUGAGUGGAAAAAUUCAUUCAAAUUUAUAGACUGUCUGGUACUGGAGAGGGUAAUACUUGUAAUGCCCAUAAAAUAAUUAUUCUGGAAUAAUUUACCCAUAUACUUAAUAUUCUUUUCAUAUUUACUGCCUUUAAAAAGACAAGGAAAUUAGAUUAUUGAUAUACUUUUAUCAAAACAUUUUAAAAUAAGAAAUAAUCUAUCAAUAUAAAUGAAAAAUUCUGAAAAAUAAUUUCUUUCAUAUGAAUAUCUUGUUUCUGGUCUUACCUUUGAAAUGUUACUAUUUGUACCAAUGAUUAUUUAAUUCAUUAGCAAUAAAAACCAUAAUCAUUUUGCACACAACUGGAGACCAUCGUAUUACUAGUACCCAAGAAACAUUAAUUAUAGACUGUACUCUUAUAUAUUCGAGUCGGGAAUUCAUUCUUUAUUUCAUUUUGGGCAGGCAUAAUGACAGUUUAAAACUGUGCAAUUGACAUUUGCUCUGCAAUAAGAACUCCAAAGGAAACAAAGGAAUAAUUGGCUCAUGAAGCCAAACAUAAAACCUGAACUCAAAUACGUACCGUAUUAAUCUUAAUCUUCUGAUCCAAAGUCAUGUUCCCCAUUAAGUGGUGCUGCUAAGUAUUAAAGGGAUGCUCAAAUUUUUCAACUUGCACUCCUCAAGAGGAAAUGCAAGAAUGAACAAAAGACAAGCUUAAUGGAGGAAAAAAUGUGCAAAAAACAAAACAAAAUAAAACAAAAACUCUGAUUGAAUGUCGGAGGAUUCUUCUAAACUUCGGCUUGAUGCUAGUUGUUUAUUUUGGAAAAUUGCCAACAUAAGUCACUGUCCCAACUCACAGUGGUUUUCUAAUUGCCCGAAGAGAAUUGCAGAUUUUGCUUUGAAAGAUAUCAAUGCAAGUAUUAAAUUCAGUUAUAAUUCAUCAAAUACUAUUUUGUAAUUCCAUUUCAAAGUGUAAACUUGAUUACUUUGUUAAUUCACUCAUUGCUCUCCUAUGGAGAAUAUUCUUGAAAUAUUGUCAUUUGAUUUUUCUGUAUAUUGAGAAAUUCUAUGUAGUUUUAUUAUGUGAAUUUCAGUUUGAAGAGUUAGAUUGGUUGAUGCAAAUGGAAUGAACAUUAAACAGAAAAAUUCUUCAUCAAAGUCUUGUUUAUUUAAUUCAAAGGGUUUUCAUUUGUUGUAAUAAACGGUCCUAUUAUUUAGAUGUUUUAUUCAAGACAUUCUUUAUCACUAUUGUAAGCUAAUGAAUUAACCUUAAUCUUUGGUCACUCGCCAAUUGAUACAGUGCAUAUAAAACGAUUCAAGAAGUU